CGCGCGGGAAGGGGCGGGGCCGCGGCAGGCGUGGGGAGCUGCCGGGGAGCACCGUUAGGGCAGCCUGGCUCAUGGCGCCCGCCCGGCGCCCCUGAGUGCGCGUCUCGCCCCCUUUCACUGCCCAGGCCUCUCCGGUGCCCACGGACAGGUAUCAGCGCGCCUCCCAAGCGGCUGAGGGAGACGUUGAGUACGGACGAGGGAAGGACAGUUUGUCAGUCUUAUAGCUGGAUCACCCAGGAAUAGAAGUUCUAAAGCAGUAGGAAGAAAGCAUUUCAAUUUGGGACACUUAUUUGCAGCUGGAAAUGGGGAAUGGACUAUCAGAACAGACUUCUGUCCUGUCCAGCCUACCUUCAUUUCAGUCUUUCCACAUUGUUAUUCUGGGUUUGGACUGUGCUGGAAAGACAACUGUCUUAUACAGGCUGCAGUUCAGUGAAUUUGUAAAUACUGUACCUACCAAAGGAUUUAACACUGAGAAAAUUAAGGUAACCUUGGGAAAUUCUAAAACAGUCACUUUUCAUUUCUGGGAUGUAGGUGGUCAGGAGAAAUUAAGGCCACUGUGGAAGUCAUAUACCAGAUGCACAGAUGGCAUUGUGUUUGUUGUGGACUCUGUUGAUGUUGAAAGGAUGGAAGAAGCCAAAACUGAACUUCGUAAAAUAACUAGGAUAUCAGAAAAUCAAGGAGUCCCUGUACUUAUAGUUGCUAACAAACAAGACUUGAGGAACUCAUUGUCUCUCUCAGAAAUCGAGAAAUUGUUAGCAAUGGGUGAACUGAGUUCAUCAACUCCUUGGCAUUUGCAGCCUACCUGUGCAAUCAUAGGAGAUGGACUAAAGGAAGGACUUGAGAAACUACAUGGUAUGAUAAUUAAAAGAAGAAAAAUGUUACGGCAACAGAAAAAGAAAAGAUGAACAUCCAUGCCUUUUGUAUCUGUGUGGAUUAGAUUUUCUCAGAUCUGAUUUUGACAAAUGGAAGAAUGUCCAUAGCCUGGUUUGCCUGUCUGCCCUCCUGGAUGCUUUUAAAGCUUUGUUUUCUUGAACAGUGAAAUGCUCAACUCCGUUGCCUUGUGGAAGAUGAGUAAAUGCAGUGCUUCUUAAAGUGGUCUCUUCUCCUUACCCCACAAAUCUUUUGGUACUACCAUUUUAGGAAGCCAAGCAAGGAUAGUAAAUUGACCAGAACACAGUUGUGAAAAUUUGACCUGAAGUUAGUGUAAUAAAACUUUCAAGAUUGUC